CGAGAAAACCGGGUAGCACAGUGGAGCGGGGCGGGCAGACAGAAGUAGGAGGGUCGCUGCGCCUGGGGGCGGGGCCUACCCAGAGGACCCGCUGGCCACUUGGUUCUGUCCUAGUUCGAGGUGGCUUGAGGCUCUGGGUUCCCUCUGCUCCGGUAGCUCUGGCGGAGUCUGCGCGAUGGGAGACGCGGAAAGGCCGGAAGCGGCAGGGUCUGAACAGGAGGAGAGAUUAUCUUCAGAUACCAGUGAAAACGAAGCAAAGUCAAGUGAAGAGCCACUCCUAAGAAAGAGUUCUCGCCGAUUUGUCAUCUUUCCGAUACAGUACCCCGACAUUUGGAAAAUGUAUAAACAGGCACAGGCAUCCUUCUGGACAGCGGAAGAGGUUGACUUAUCAAAGGAUCUCCCUCACUGGAACAGGCUUAAAUCAGAUGAGAAGUAUUUUAUCUCUCACAUCUUAGCCUUUUUUGCAGCCAGUGAUGGAAUUGUGAAUGAAAACUUGGUGGAGCGCUUUAGUCAGGAGGUGCAGGUUCCAGAGGCACGCUGUUUCUAUGGCUUUCAAAUUCUCAUCGAGAAUGUUCACUCAGAGAUGUACAGUUUGCUAAUAGACACUUACAUCAGAGAUCCCAAGCAAAGGGAAUUUUUAUUUAAUGCAAUUGAGACAAUGCCAUAUGUUAAGAAAAAAGCAGAUUGGGCCUUGAGAUGGAUAGCAGAUAGAAAAGCUACUUUUGGGGAAAGGGUGGUGGCCUUUGCUGCUGUAGAAGGAAUUUUCUUCUCGGGAUCUUUUGCUGCUAUAUUCUGGUUAAAGAAAAGAGGUCUUAUGCCUGGACUCACGUUUUCCAAUGAACUCAUCAGCAGAGAUGAGGGGCUUCACUGUGACUUUGCUUGCCUCAUGUUUCAGUACCUGGUAAAUAAGCCUUCAGAAGCAAGAGUUAGGGAGAUCAUUGUUAAUGCUGUUGAAAUUGAGCAGGAGUUUUUAACAGAAGCCUUGCCAGUUGGCCUCAUUGGAAUGAAUUGUGUUUUGAUGAAACAGUAUAUUGAGUUUGUAGCUGACAGAUUGCUUACAGAACUUGGAUUCUCAAAGGUUUUUCAGGCAGAAAAUCCCUUUGAUUUUAUGGAAAACAUUUCUUUAGAGGGGAAAACAAAUUUCUUUGAGAAACGAGUUUCAGAGUAUCAGCGUUUUGCAGUGAUGGCAGAAACUACAGAUAAUGUCUUCACCUUAGAUGCAGAUUUUUAAAAUCCUCCUCAUAUCUAAAGUUAUCAUUGGUAAAGAGCAAUCUAUUUUUCUCUGCUUAAAAAACAAAACCAAAACCAAAAAAAAAAAAAAAAAACACCUUAAAAGAUCUCCUUAAGGGCAUAGGAGUUGGCUCAAAAGGAAAUCCAAAACCAAGUGACCGUCAAGUUGGAUUUAUAUGAAUAUGCCUUAAUUUUCCUGUUUAACAGCCAGAGAAUGACCUACAAUGCUUUUGUUUCACGACUAAGGUAUAAGAUGGCAUUAUGUAGUUGUUAAGAGCAUGGGGUGAGGGGUCAGACAUGACUUUGAGAUUCUGUCCUACUUUGUGUGACCCUAUGUAUGUCUGUUAAUCUUCCUAAACCUCAGUGUAUUUUAAAGAUUUUAAAAUGACUGUAAUAGUAGGUCCUAAAUUCAUAGAGUGUGUAUGAGGACUAAGACAUAAAAUAUGCUCUUAGCCAAAACAGCUGUUGCAGCCUCCUCCCUCUCCUCUCCUCUCCCUGCUAUUAUUAUCAUUAGUAAUAGUAUUAACUGCAGUGGUGUGAUAAAGUCCUCCUCCUCCUUGUGAUUCUAGGUCCUUAAGUUCUGGAAUUAGAGCUUUAUAUUUUUAAUGUUGGAGGAAAACAUAAAGAUUUGUUUUAAAAGGAUUAUAAUUUUCACUAACAUGAGAAUAACGUCUUUGAAUUUCUCCAUGUGUAGUUAAGGAAAUUUAGUUCUUAGCUGCUUUGGGCAGGAUACUUAUGGAGGGGGAUCCAGGAGGUUAUUCUGGAAGCUGAUCUUAGAAGCAAAACAAUUCUGCUCCUUCAGAAACUAAAAGGGUAAUUUUUGCCAGAUGUAGCCCUGGAACGUUCGAAACCAGGGUGAACUAGCUAGAAUAGCAUUUCCCAAAGAGUAUUAUAAGAGUGGUUAGUCCCUCUAGAUAUUUUGUGGGGGGGGGGGGUGGAGAUUCUAUGGCCAGAUGAAUUUGGGAACUGCUGUAUACUCCAUUGCGCUUUAGGAUUUAGAGUCAGUACAUCAAAGACUGAGAAAUUCUGUAGUACAUAAACUUAUUCCCCCCGGCAUAUUGCAAACUUACUUAAUAAAGAUCUAUUUUUGACCUGGUAACAUCUCACCUAACUAAUAUUCCUCAGAACAUCAUUUGGAGAAAGCUGGCCUAGGACCGUUUUAUACGUAGAGGAAGCAAGGGGAAACGUGGUAGGGAUUAUUGAACCCGUUUCAACUUUGUGAAAUACACCAAGCUGAGUGAUGUACUUGUGAUUAACCACAGCUAUGUUUCUUAUGCUCCUAAAACUCUUCUGUGCUGUUAGGAGAUUUAAUUCUUUCAUGGAACUAUGCAUGCUGCCUGAUAGCAGAUGGUGAUGGAGACAGAGGAAAGGCCAGCAGCCAGGGUCCCUGGGAAGUCUGCCCCCUCCAUCGUAGGAAAUGUCAAGAGGUAGCCUGAGGCUCCCACAAGCAGUGGGGGGGGUCCUCACUCACAGAAAACUACUUUAUAUAAUUCUGGACUAAGUUUUAGAGAUUUCCUCUUUGCAUACACGUUUGCUCCAUUCAAUCCACAACGAUCUAAUUGAUUAAAACUGGGAACUUUCAAGUGGAUGCAAAACGAAUUGCUUAUAACCUUAUCUAUUAGAGAGAAGAUCAGAAACUUGAGCUAUUUUGGCCAAUGAUAAUACCAUUUAGUUGUUCAAGGCAUCAGUAGUUUGCCAAGUGUUUUUAUAUCACCUCGUUUGAUCUCACAACAGCCUUAUGAGCUUGACAGAGCAGGUAGUAUUGGAAUUUACAGAUGGAGAAAGGGAGGCUCAGAAGUUUAGUGACUUGGCCAAGAUCUGCUCAUAGUCAUUGUCCCUACAAGAUUUAUUUUUUCUUAGAGGUUGUCAUAUUUAUGGUAUUGAGUCCUUUGCCAUCCAUCUUGACUUGAUUUUGCCUAAUUUGCCAUGAAGAUGCCCUGUACAUUAAAGUACCACGGUAUCAUAAUCAUUUAAACUAUAUUCAGAUCAUAUGUUCAAAGGUACUUAUCUAUUGCCAUACAAAAACUUACAUUUAAAAUUACUACUGAUAAAAUAUUAGUAGUGACAUCACAGUUAAAGAAAAAAAAUGGUUUAUAUUGCAUAUUCCCUUUGUUUUGAAUCCAAACCUUUCUCAUAGGUAAUGACAGGUGCCUUUCUAUGAAGCUUAUUUAUAGCAGCAAUAAACCUGUAUUGAGAUGAAGUUUUAAUACUGAAAUACUGGAUUUUUAAUACACUGGUUUAUUACAGUCAGUAUUCUAGACCCUUUCCUGGCUUCCAGGUUUCAUAUUUAUUUAUUAUGUUUAAUAUUUUGGUUCUUAGUUCUUAGGGAGAUCAAGAAGUUGUGGAACCUCUUUUUAAUAUCUCACAAAGAAAAAAUUCAGAGUAUGUUUAUAACUUUUUUGUUUUAACAGCCUGUGUAUUUAAAUCAUUGCUAGAGUUAGUUGAUUAUUUAAGAAUGUAAAAACUAGUUGCUCUAGGGCAGAUUGCAUUUAUUAAAAACGUUUCAUUGUAGCAUGCAGAGUCAUGGCUUGGACUCAGGAAGACUGAUCCAGUGCUUUCAGAUUGGGGUGUUUUGCUGUCCAAUUGCAUACAAUAAUAAACAAUUAUUCUUAUAAUAUAAGCUUACCUCAGUCAUGACUUUAUGUAUGAAAUUGUUCCAGUUCUCUCAUUUUGGAGCAUCCAAAUUUUUCAGCUUUUUUUGCCCUUUUGUUUUUUAUUUGUUCACAGAAACAGUGAUUAGUGAGAAGACAUAGCAGCUUAUAUACUUAAAAAUAUAUGAUUUAAUAUUCAGAAUUUUGCAUUUUACAAUUAAAUAUGCUAACAUCAUCAUGUCCUAAAUUGCAUUCGUGCAGAUUAAGCUAAGGCCUGAAUGUCACUGAUUGAUUUUUGGUGGUAAAGAAAUCUGACGAACUGCAUGAAUGCCAGUUUAGGUCUAUAACUAGCUAUGAUGUUUUUGAGCUAAGUUGAAUGAACUGGCAGCCAACUCAGGAAUUCUUUCACAGCAGAAUCUGCAUGAAGGGCACAGAGAUAGAUCUGUAUAGUUUUGUUUUUCCCACUCUUUGAAUGGCCUACUUCUUUUUAGAUAGGUACAGGUUUGAAGGAAAAUCUGCUAUUCCUGAGGCAUUUGGACAAAAGAAUUUAAGCCUUCAAAUUUGAGGCUUAAUUCUGUGAAAGAAAAUAUAGGUGAAAAUGAAAGGCUGAGGAUAAUUUUUUAUGGAUACAGGUUAAAAUAUAACGAUUCAAUCUUUUUCUAAGUUUACAACAAUCUUAACUUAGGCAUUUGACGCUCUUUUACAACUGUUUUGAUUUUUCUAAAUGUCUGGUCAUAUAGCAAAUUCAGUAUUUAUACAUGGAAAGCUUUUUUUAAGGGUGGUGUGUACUUAAAUGUUUUUUGCUAAAAUAUGUAAUGGUCAGUCGAGCCAACCCUGUGUAUACAGAAUUUUUUUUCCAAAAAAAAUGAGUCGUUUUGUUAUUUUUUGGUUUAGUAUGUUGAAAUAAACUGUAUCAUAGCUA